UGCAUGUCAGGAAAGACAAGUAGAAAGCUAGAAACAAUUCACCCUUCCACAGCAAAAGAAAAUAAUCUUCUGUUUUUUCUCAAUAGCUAACGUCUCCUCCAUUUUUGGGUUUAGGGGAGCUUUGGUUCUUAGUUUCAUUGUUUUUCCGUUUCUGUUUGCUGCGUUUCCUGUUUUUCCAGAUUUCUGGGUUUUUUCUUAUGUUUCGUUAAGUUCCUCGUCUUCCAUUGGGCUAGAAAAAAAAAAAAAGGUAUCAUUUGACCCAAAAAAAAAAAAAAAAAGUCUCUGUCUUUAAAUAAAGUUCGUUAAAUAGGAACCGAUCGCCAUUCAUUCUUCACUGAACUCUAGCUAGCUUCAUUACACCACACUAGCAACCAUGGAACCAGCCGGUCAAGUCGCCAUUGUCCCAACUCCAGGUUUAGGCCACCUGAUACCCCUGCUCGAGCUGGCCAAACGACUCGUCGUCCACCACAACUUCACCGUCACCUUCCUCAUCCCCAACGAUGGUACGAACCUGACACCGCAAAAGAAAGUCCUGGAAGCUUUGCCGGAGAGCAUAUCCUCCACCUUCCUCCCUCCAGUCAACUUCGACGACCUCCCACCAGAAUCGAAGGUGGAAACCAAGAUCGCUCUCACCUUGGCUCGGUCACUCUCCGCUGUCCGCGACUCAGUUAAGGCCCUAGCGGAAUCGACUCGACUGGUGGCGCUUGUUGUUGAUCUCUUUGGUCCUGAGGCCUUUGAUGUGGCCAUUGAGUUUAAUGUGCUGCCCUACCUUUUCUUCCCUACUUCGGCAAUGGAUUUGUGGUUUGUGUUUGAGUUGCCAAAGCUUGAUGAGACUACUACUUGUGAGUACAGGGAUUUGCCUGAACCGGUCCAGUAUCCGGGUUGUGUGCCGCUGCAUGGCAGAGACUUAGCAGACCCGGUUCAAGAUAGGAGCAAUGAUGCUUAUAAGGCGCUGAUCCGCAUCAGCAAGAGGUAUAAGUCGGCUGCUGGGAUCAUGGUGAAUAGCUUUGCGGAUUUGGAACCGGGUGCUUUCAAGGCUUUCAAGGAGCAAGGACCAGGUCUUGGUCUUCCACCGGUUUACCCGGUAGGACCGGUGAUAAGGACCGGUUCGGCGGAUGAGUUGGGUGAGAAUGAGUGCUUGAGCUGGUUGGAUCGUCAGCCAAAAGGGUCAGUGUUGUUUGUUUCGUUUGGAAGUGGUGGAACCCUUACCACUGAGCAAAUGAAUGAGUUGGCUUUAGGGCUUGAAAUGAGUAGGGUCAGAUUUCUUUGGGUUGCUAGGAGUCCAAAUGAGAAACAAAAUGCCACAUUUUUUGGUGCUCGAGGUUCUAACGAUCCUUUGAGUUUUCUACCCCAAGGGUUUUUAGAGAGAACCAAAGAUGUUGGUCUAGUGGUAACUUGUUGGGCUCCUCAGGUCCAAAUUUUGAGUCACACGUCGACGGGCGGUUUUUUGACCCAUUGCGGGUGGAACUCAACCCUAGAGAGCAUUGUACAUGGUGUGCCUUUAAUUGCUUGGCCGCUCUAUGCUGAGCAAAAGAUGAACGCUGUUUUGCUUGCUGAAGAUCUAAAGGUAGCAUGGAGGGUUAAGGUGAAUGAAAAGGGCAUAGUGCAGUGUGAGGAGAUUUCCAAGUAUGCAAAGGGACUAAUUGAAGGAGACGAAGGGAGAGUGCUCAAAAAGAAGAUGAUGGAAUUGAAAGAGGCAUCUCAACUGGCUUUGAGCCAAGAUGGGUCGUCUACAAAAUCACUCUCAGAGGUAGCCAAUAUAUGGAAGGAACACAAGAACUAAUCAAUAUAUUGUGUCAACUAAUGUAUGUUUUGAUAUGAAGUUUCUUUAUCUUCUGUCUCAGGAUUGCAAUUUUUGUCAUCAAAUAUGGUCUUUUAAUGUACCGUUAAAUAAGAAACUGGAUUUUUCAAUAUAUAUAAUAAAAAACAGGCCAUCGCUAAUUUUCUAUUUUA